AGUCUCAUCUUAGCUUCUAGGGUUUUCCCUCAGGUUCUGGUGAAGGGUUAGGGUCCUUUUCGUUUUUGUCUUUGUUUUGGUUUCUGUCGGUUUUCGGGUUUAGUUUGUUUUGUUGUUGUUGUUGGUUUUGUUUUUCUUGUUUUUCUUGUUGAGUAUGUGACAAUUUUUGACACUUUCACUUGAUGUUUCAUGUCCUGUGGGUUUUAUUAGUUGUCAUCUGUUUUACAUCCGAUGUUUAGUUUAUGGUCAACUUUUUGUGUUACUUUUGUUUGAAAUUGUUUCAUUUUUAACUUGUGUUUGGUUAUUUCAAAUUUGUGUUUUUCUUUCUCAUGGAUUAACUGGAUUAACUUUCUUUUGUUAAUUAACAAGUGACAAUUGAAGAGAACUCACCUUAUUAAAGAUUUAAUUGAUUUCAUAUCGAUCCAAAAGUAAACAAAUCGGAUUCUCCAAAAACAAACAAAGAAUCAUAUGUUUUAAUCACGUGAUUAGAAAACAACUUAGCUCAUUUUUAAUUGUUACCUGAAAUUAAAAAAUCGUCUCUUUAAUUGUUCACAUUUUUUAAUAACUUUCAAGUAAGUAAUUAGUUGAAACCAUUGAUCUAUUAAUAAGUGAAAUCAAAUCGCGUGAGAAAUAAAACCCAAUUACUAUUGUUUUCUAAUCUUUUUUUGAUAACAAUUUUAUUGUUGCGGUAAUUUGAUCUAAUUAGAAAAUUAAUCAUUUGACCAAUGAUAUAGUUAUCGAUUAACACCCAACCCAAUAUAAAACCAAGAGACAAUUAAUCAGUAUCAAUUAAUUGACAUUGAGAUCUUACAAGUAACCACGACUCAAGGAGAUAUAACAUUAAAUUCAGUGAUUUUCAAGUGAUCAGUUAAUUGUGAAAAUGGUGACAAAUUUUGUUAAUUGUUUUCUGAUUUUAAAUCUUCUCAAUGGAUUUGUAAAUGGUAAUUUUGAACAAGAACGAGUUUUGAGUCAACAACCCGAACAAGUUCAUCUUUCACUUGGAAGUAAUCCAAGUGAAAUGAUCGUUACAUGGACAACUUUUGAUUCCAUUGGAAAACCAGUAGUUGAAUAUGGAACCAAGAAACUUGAUCUACUUUCAACAGGAUCUUCAAGUAAAUUUGUCGACGGCGGAUCUGAACGGAGGUCAAUGUUAAUUCAUCGGGUACUCCUCACGAAUCUAGUACCUGGACAAACUUAUAUGUAUCAUGUUGGAAGUGAAUUCGGUUGGAGUCCUAUUUUUUGGUUCGCUGCGGUGAAAAAUGGUUCCGAUUGGAGUCCAAGGUUAGCGGUUUUCGGUGACCUUGGUAACGAAAAUGCUAAAACUUUACCGCGAUUACAAGAAGACGCUCAAAGUGGAGCUUUUGAUGCUAUUCUUCAUGUUGGUGACUUUGCCUACAAUCUAGACACUGAUAAUGCUCGUGUAGGUGAUCAAUUCAUGCGACAAAUUGAACCGAUAGCCGCUUACGUCCCAUAUAUGACUGCCGUUGGAAAUCACGAACAAGCUUAUAACUUUUCAAAUUACGUUAAUCGUUUCUCAAUGAUGGACAGUAAAAGUGGACAAAUCAACAAUCUCUUUUACAGUUAUGAUAUUGGUCCAGCUCAUUUUAUCACUUUUUCCACUGAAUUUUAUUUCUUCACUAAUUAUGGUCAAAGUCAAUUGUUCACUCAAUACGAAUGGCUUGAAAAAGAUUUAAUUGAAGCCACUAAGCCAGAGAACCGCGCACAAAGACCUUGGAUAAUUACCCUUGGACAUCGAGCCAUGUACUGUAACUUACACUUCGAAAAUUACACCGAAUGUUUAAAUCGAGAUACAAACUUCCGAAAAGGCGACAGCAACUUCCCUGGACUUGAGGAUCUCUUUUACAAAUACGGUGUUGAUUUAGAGAUUUGGGCUCACGAACAUCUUUACGAACGAUUAUGGCCAAUCUACGAUCAAAAGGUUUACAAUGGAAGUACUUCCGAGCCUUAUACCAACCCAGGGGCACCCGUUCAUGUCACUACAGGAUCAGCUGGAUGUUACGAAGGGAUCGAAUACAAUGUAUUAGAACAAGCUGAUUGGAGUGCACUUCGUAUCUACGAUUAUGGUUUCUCAAUUAUAACAAUCAACAACUCGACUCAUUUGACAUUCGAACAAUUAUCUGCUGAAAAGAAUCACAAAGUCGUCGAUAGAUUUACAAUAAUUAAGGACAAUCAUGGACCAUAUCCAACUCGAAACACCACUAAAUCCUCAAAUUAAAUUUGAAUCGACAAUUAGUUUGAAAAGUUAAUUAAUGAUUCAGAUUCUUAAUUUACUUCAUUAAUUAUCAGCCAAUUACAAAAGGCAACUAAUUACAGUAAAAUAAAAGGUAUAUAAUAAACUAUGAAUUACUGGUUAUAA